AUGUCGAAUCUUGCGCCAGAGCCAGAAUUCGAGCAGGCUUACAAAGAGCUUGUCUCUACACUCGAAAAUUCCUCACUUUUCCAGAAGAAGCCCGAAUACAAAAAGGCACUUAUGGUGGUGUCCAUCCCAGAACGAGUCAUUCAAUUCAGAGUUGUCUGGGAGAAUGACAAAGGAGAGGUCCAAGUAAAUAGAGGUUACCGAGUACAGUUCAAUUCAGCUCUUGGCCCAUACAAAGGUGGUCUCAGGUUCCACCCUACCGUGAAUCUGUCCAUCCUCAAGUUCCUCGGCUUCGAGCAGAUAUUCAAAAAUGCAUUGACUGGAUUGAACAUGGGCGGAGGCAAAGGUGGCGCUGACUUCGACCCGAAAGGAAAAUCCGAUGGCGAGAUUCGAAAAUUCUGUUUUGCGUUCAUGACCGAGUUGAGCAAGCACAUCAGUGCCAAUAUUGAUAUUCCUGCUGGGGAUAUUGGCGUCUCGCCUCGAGAGAUUGGCUGGAUGUUUGGAUGCUACAAAAAGCAGACAAAGUUGUGGGAGGGUGUCUUGACGGGUAAAGGUGGUGACUGGGGUGGAAGCCUGAUCAGACCAGAGGCUACCGGCUUCGGGCUUGUCUAUUACGUUCAACAUAUGAUUCAGUUUGCAUCCGACGGCAAAGAAUCAUUCUCAGGGAAGAAAGUGGCUAUCUCAGGUUCAGGAAAUGUUGCACAAUACGCUGCACUUAAGUGCAUUGAGCUUGGUGCUACGGUUGUAUCUCUAAGUGAUAGCAAAGGGGCGUUGAUCGCGACAGACGAGAAGGGUAUUCAACCCGAAGAGAUCAGCAUUAUUGCCCAGCUGAAGGUCGACCGAAAGCAGCUGUCAGAGCUCGCUAAUGACGCCAACUUCAAGGGCAAGUAUAAAUACAUUGAAGGUGUCAGACCAUGGCUUCAGGUCGGCGAUGUGGAUGUUGCACUUCCUUGCGCCACGCAAAACGAGGUUUCGGGCGAAGAGGCAGAGGGUUUAAUCAAAGCCAACUGCAAGUUCAUCGCCGAAGGAAGCAAUAUGGGCUGCACGCAAGAUGCAAUUGACAUUUUCGAGGAGCACAGAAAGGAGAAGAAACAUGAGGCCAUCUGGUAUGCCCCGGGCAAGGCAGCAAAUGCUGGAGGCGUUGCGGUGUCUGGCUUAGAAAUGGCCCAGAACUCAGCGCGACUCUCAUGGACUUCUGAAGAAGUGGAUGGAAGACUGAAGUUGAUUAUGGAGUCAUGCUUCAAGAACGGCCUCGCAACUGCUCAGGAGUAUAUCGAGCCCAAGGAGGGUGAAUUUCCCAGCUUGGUGGCUGGUAGCAACAUUGCUGGCUUCAUCAAAGUUGCAGACGCCAUGAAAUGCCAUGGAGAUUGGUGGUAG